AUGAGAAAAAAUGAACGCUACCCCGACGCGAGUGCUUCGCCGGUGGACGAUAGUGUUGUGCGUCGCGAUGUUGUCGACGGAGUGCCGUGCGCCGUUUAUGUCGAUAUCGAUGUCGAUGCUUGUGUAUGGCUAGCGGAACCGCCGACGCCGCUCAACUCGGCAAAUCUGUCGAAAACGGCCACUUGGCCCUCGGGAGCUUUGUGGACGGAGCUCCUCGAGAAGUUUUCCUUUGACACGUGGCUCGGCUCUGUAGCCGGGGGUGCUGUCAGGGCGGAAGUGGCGUACGCCGGAAACGGUCGGCGCAUUUGUCGAAUUGUCGCCCGACGCAACGGCGAUCGGCGCCCGGCGCCCAGCGCCAUU